CGACGACAACGGUAUUCUCCUUGCCUGCUGCUGCUCCACUCUCGACUCAGGUGUCAUAUCUAUCUUCAUCAUGCUUUCCCAGAAGGUCGCUCAACAGUCCCUGCGACGGCUCGCCGUCCAGCAGCCCUACGCUAUGCGGUGGGCGGCGAUGAAUGCUGCCUCCCCGGCCACCAUUGCGAUGGGAAGGAAUGUCCAGACGAGAUUCACCGCGUCGACCACGAACAACCAAGACCCCACCAAGAUCCUCGCCCAGCAGCGCCUGAACCGUCCGGUUUCCCCCCACCUGAGCAUCUACAAGCCCCAGAUCACCUGGAUCGGCAGUUCUAUCCACCGUAUCACCGGUCUCGUCAUGUCCGGCCCUCUGUACCUUUUCGCCACGGCUUACCUCGCCUCUCCCCUGCUGGGCUGGCACCUGGAGUCGGCCUCCAUGGCCGCUGCCUUCGGCGCCCUCCCCCUCGCUGCCAAGGUUAUCCUGAAGACUGUCGCUGCUCUCCCUUUCACCUACCACUGCAUGAACGGCGUCCGUCACUUGAUCUGGGAUCUCUGCAUUGGUAUCACUAACCAGCAGGUCAUCAAGUCGGGCUGGACUGUGGUGGGCCUGAGCACAAUCACUGCCCUUUCCCUUGCGCUUCUGUAUUAAGUUUCAUGUGUCAUACCUUCGAGUGGUGUUCUUUCUUUUACCCCUUUCCUAGUGUUGUUCUUAUAAAAUUGUUCUUCGUGCAGUAUAUUUUACCAGUGUCAAUCAAGGCUGAUCUUUAAAUUUUCCACGUCCGGUAUUCGUUGUGGUUUUUUAAACAACCCAGGAUGGAAACAGCCGGGUAGUCAUCCGGUGCUGACUGUUUUAUGGUAGGAAGAAAGUGCUUCGAUGCUUUUAUAGAUAGCGGGAAAGCACGUUGGCUCUGGGUUCUUUUGAUGGUUGAUUAUCAGCUAAUGCAAUUACACGGUCUCACCGCUCGCGACUCUGUCUCUCC